UUUAACUGCAAAGCUGUUGGUCUCGCGGGCGUGAUCUCGCGAUAUUCGCUUGGCGCCGCGACCUCAUGUGAAACACCAUCCGCACGAGCCACAGCUCAGCACACACUCGUUCUCCGGCCGACGUUUUUUUGCCUCUGCGGCGGAAAAAGCGCGAUGGAGACUCGGAUUGUGUCCGUCUGAACCACUGCGCGAGUUUUUCGGAAAACCACAGUACCCCCACCUCACACCCGACCGCGCGUUUUAGUCGAGACGUAUUUAAACAGGGGCGGCGCAACGAUGUGGAUCCAGGUCCGCACCAUAGACGGGAAGGAGACCCGAACCGUGGACGAUCUUUCCAGGCUGACCAAAAUCGAGACUCUGCGCGUGAAAAUACGGGAUAUCUUCAACGUGAGCCCGCAGCAACAGCGCCUCUUCUACCGGGGCAAGCAGAUGGAAGAUGGCCAGACGCUGUUUGACUACAACGUGGGUCUCAACGACAUCGUCCAGCUGCUGAUUCGCUCCCAAACGGACCCUCCGGACAGCCCCGUGGCCAAGGACCCUCCCAGCGUGGCGUGCACCUCCACCCCCACCCCGGCCUCCGCUGUCCCUCGGGCCGAAAGCCCCGACCGCCCCGCUCCCGUCUCCCCCGCUGCUAUGGAAACGUCUACCGAUAAAUACAAUGACUGCAGCGACACAGCCGAGACUGCCAAUGAGACCAAGCCGGACGCCAUCGCCCCCAGUAACUCAGCAAGCACCAAAAAUGGCUUCAAGCCCUCUAGUCCAACACGAGAUACCCAACCGACGACAUCCAGAAAGAACACACUGGUGGACCCGGAAAUUGGGAUUUACAAAAUUAACGAACUGGUAGACUGCAGGGACGUGAGCGUGGGUGCCUGGUUCGAGGCCUGCGUGGAGAAUGUGACCCGUGCUCCUAAAGGACCCGUCAAGGCCAAGGUGGGGCGGCCCCCCAAAAGGACUAACGGAAAGCUGGAAGGCGAGCAGGGGCAGCAGCUCCUCGGCCCGGGCCAAUGCACGGACACUGUGAGGAAUAACGUGUUAAACUCUGAGAGCAACGGACCCUCCACAUCGCAGACGGACUCCAUUGAAGAGGACGUCGUCUAUCACAUUAAAUAUGAGGACUACCCCGAGAAUGGUCUGGUGGAGAUGCGAGCGGUAGAUGUGCGGCCACGCGCUCGGACCCUGCUGUGCUGGGACCAACUUAUGAUGGGCAUGCACGUGUUGGUCAACUACAACAUGGAGAUGCCGGAGGAGCGCGGCUUCUGGUUCGACGCGGAGAUUCAGACAAUCAAUCAGGCCUCCCGCACCAACAAGGAGCUCCGAGUCAAGAUUCUCCUGGGGGGUCCUGGCGACGUAAUUGGGGAUUGCAAAAUUCACUUCCUGGAUGAAAUCUACCAGGUGGAGAAACCUGGAGCUCCGGCGCUGUCGGCUGCUGAUGGACAAUUCAAACGGAAGAGCGGGCCGGAGUGCAAACACUGCAAGGCCGACCCGGACGCCGAGUGCCGCUUCUGCUCGUGCUGCGUGUGCGGCGGCAAGCAGGACGCUCACAUGCAGCUGCUCUGCGACGAGUGCAACAUGGCCUUCCACAUUUACUGCCUCAACCCGCCACUGGCCACUAUCCCAGAUGAUGAGGACUGGUACUGUCCGACCUGCAAGAAUGACACUAGCGAAGUGGUCAAAGCCGGGGAGAAGCUCAAGGCCAGCAAGAAGAGGGCUAAAAUGCCCUCGGCCACCACAGAGAGUCAACGGGACUGGGGCAAGGGCAUGGCUUGUGUGGGACGUACUAAGGAGUGCACAAUUGUUCCCUCCAACCACUACGGACCCAUUCCCGGCGUUCCUGUCGGAACCACAUGGAAAUUCCGAGUUCAGGUGAGCGAAGCGGGCGUUCACAGGCCGCACGUCGGCGGCAUCCACGGUCGCAGCAACGAUGGCUCCUACUCGCUGGUGCUGGCUGGGGGCUUUGAGGACGAAGUGGACCGGGGUGACGAGUUCACGUACACGGGCAGCGGAGGCCGGGAUCUCUCGGGAAACAAACGCAUCGGCGAGCACUCGUUCGACCAGACGUUAACCCACAUGAACAGAGCUUUGGCGCUGAACUGCGACGCCCCACUGAAUGACAAGGACGGAGCAGAGUCUCGGAACUGGCGGGCCGGGAAGCCGGUGAGAGUGGUGCGCAGCUCCAAAGGUCGCCGCAUCAGCAAAUACGCCCCCGAGGAGGGAAACCGCUACGACGGCAUCUACAAGGUGGUGAAAUACUGGCCAGAGAUUGGCAAGUGUGGCUACUUGGUGUGGAGGUACUUGCUGAGACGGGACGAUCAGGAACCAGCACCCUGGACACCUGAAGGACUAGACAGAAUCAAGAAAUUGGGUCUCUUGAUCCAGUACCCACCAGGCUACCAGGCUGUCAUGGCUAACAAGACAAAGAAGGAGGCCAUCGCCCGGCCCGGUCGCGGCGGUCGGAGUAAGCACCACUCCGGGAGGGGCCGGGGGAGGGGCCGGCCGCGGAAGCUCCCCAAAAUGGAGAAGGAGGAGGAUGAGGAGGACGAAGAGUUUGAGCAUCUGAUGGCCGCCGUGGAGGAGGACGAGGAGGAGGAGCCGCAGAGUAACGGGGAUCAGAAGACAAGUAAGGACUCUGAUUGGUCGCCAGCGUCCGAGCCUCCCUCCAAGCGCGUGAAGGUGGAGGAGGCGUUCGUACUGUCGGAGCAGCAGCAGCAGUUGAUCGAAGAGGACGCGGCCAAUAAAAAGCUGUGGGAUGAAGCCCUGGGACACCUAGCAGAGGGACCAAACUUCUUGUGUAAGAUGGAGCAGAUCUUCAUGUGCGUUUGCUGCCAGGAGCUGGCCUUCCAGCCCAUCACCACGGUCUGCUCGCACAACGUUUGCAAGACAUGCCUCCAGCGCUCCUUCCGGGCGGAAGUGUACACCUGCCCCGCCUGCCGCCAUGACCUGGGCAAGGACUACGUCAUGACGCAAAACAAGACUCUGCAGGUUCUGCUGGACCAGUUCUUUCCUGGCUACACGAAGGGCCGAUGAGAUCCACGUCGCUCCAAACCAGAAGACGCGCACACACACACCUCCACACACGCACGCAUGCACACACACACACACACACACGUACAUACAAGUAUACUGUUGAGAGCUCCACUUUAAAGAUGCAUUGCACUUCCAACAAUGGGUUCAAUGUAUAGUGCGUCACACAGCCAUUUCAUGUAUACAAUCAUUGAGCACACGAAGCACCUCAGUAGGUUCCGACCUUAUCCGUUUUCUCCAUAAACCUCACCAGCCUGAGAUUUUACACCAAGGACUUGAACGCACGCACUACUAGCCCGCCCCACACACACACACACAUUUAGAUACUUUACUACUAUAGUACUCGACUGCAGAGCGUACGAGGAAUUUGUUUGAGGGAGGUGUACAGUCGAGCGGAGGCCACUCUUUGAGGAAAUUUGUGUCGUAUGCCUGCUAACCUGCAUUUUGUGUACCAUCCACGAACCACCCACUUUGAUGAUAACGUCUUUGACGUUGCGGCCCGUUUGACACAUCUUUGAUGAUGCGCUUAAUUGAUGUCUGAUGACACGCAGCAUUAUGACGCGUGAUGUAGCUUUGAUGAUGCACCCCAUUCGACUAUUUUUAUGUUAUGCCCCUUUUGACGUGUCUUUCUUGAUAUGCCCCAUUUUGAUGACACGUUCAAUUUGAAGUGUCUUUGAUUGUACACCCUGUGUGAAUUCCUUGUUUAUAUACCCCAUUUGAUGUGUUCCUGACAAUGCAUCCCAUUAAGUAAGUAACGCUCUUUCUCUAGUGUUUGAUUCCAUGUACAACCCCCCACAAACUGUAAUAUACAUAGUAUAUAUGUAGUAUAUAAUAUUACGGGCCCCCACUGAGUUACCGAUACAAGAAAAAUGUUGAAAAAGCACUUGUUCGUCGCAUCAUGCUAGCUGCUAACCAGCUUGCGUACAUACCUUUUGGUAAACACAUCCACGUGUGUCACGUUCUCCCAAAGUCAUUUAGGAGCUGAUAAACAUUCCAAAGGGGUGAGCAACAGUCCCACAAAAGUCCCCACCCACCUCAGAAAUGAUGAAUAGCUCCAAAGGACCUUGUUAAUCGUGGUUGUUUGCGUUCCUGAAUGCAGCACUGACCUCCUGAAGGACCAAACUGGCUUGAAGUAGAACUCAAGGCCACGUUGUUGCUAGGCAACGUAAUGAAGAAGGCACAAAGAUGGCGAGUGCAGUGGAGGAUUUCUCUGUUACUGUAUGCGAAGCAAUGGAAAUCACUACAAUUAGUUACCAUUUUGGUGCAAAAGCCACACGGAAUUAGAUCCAUGUUGAGAAAUGAUAACGUGACUUUAUUUCUUGAUCCCAAUGGACAAGAAUUCCAUUGUUCCGUAAUCUUUGCAUUUGAUUCGUCUUUGACUUUAUGCCCCAUUUCACGUGUCUCUGACGAUACGCCCAUUUGAUGUCUUUGACAAUACACCCAAUCCAUAUAGUAUUACUUUGAUGUGUCUUUGAUUAUGUAGCCCAUUUACGUGUGUCUUCGAUGACGCAGUCCCCUUCGCCGUGUCUUUAUUGACACACCCAUUUGAUAUAGUCCUGUUGGACGUGUUUUCGAUGGUGCGCCCAAUUCACUGCGUCUUUGACGACUAUCUGCCCAUUAUGUUGUUUAUCAUAUGCCCCUUUUUGACAUGUCUUUGUUGCUACACCCCAUUUCAUAUGUCUUUGAUAUGCCCCUUUUGUCUUUUAAAACUCAUUCACUGCCAGCCUUUCCAGUUAACAUGGAUAUUUGACUUCAAAAGCCGUCAAUGGCAGUGAAUGUGUUACUAAUGAUACGGCCCAUUAGACGUAGCCCCUUUUGACGAUAUUCCCCAUUUCACAUCUUUGAUAUGUCCCAUUUGACACGUCUUAAUAAUACAGCCAUAUGACAUCUUCAAAGAUACACCACAUCAUUAAUGAUGUGCACCAUUUGCUGUAGCCCUGUCUGACACGUCGUCUUUGAUGAUGUGCCAAUUUGCUGUAGCCCUGUCUUUGAUGAUAAGGCUCAGUUGGUGUAGCCUUAAUUCACUGUCUUUAAUGAUACGUUGCAUUAACUCAGUCCUGUUCCGUGUGUCUUUGAUUCACGCCCCUUUUGACGUGUCUGUGAAUAGGUCCCAUUUUAAUGAUAGGCCCCAUUUCACGUCUUUGAUAGUGUGGUAAUAUGACCGUUUUUGUUAACAAAAAUACCAGUUUACUUUUCUCUCAUAUAACUGAAUCGUUUUCCUUGUAAUAUUUUAAAAAAUCAUAUAGUAAUGAGAAAAAAUGACCUGGUUUGUAAUAGUACAACUUUUUUGUCAUAAAAAAAAGAUAUUGCGAUAUUUGGACAUUUUCCCGUAAAAAUUUCCCCUUGCAAAUAGACUUUUUCAGCAUUUUUAUUUCUUUAAGGUAUGGUUGUAACAUCUCCCUGGUAUGGUGCACUCAAAUGUUAACGGUUGGCAAGGCUACAAGUUUUACCUCCUCUCUGGUCACGUGACACGUUUUCCAAUCAUGCCAUCACCCCCCCACCGGCGGGCUUGUCGCAUUUGUGCUGACGUUGUCCUCGUUUCUGUUUAUUCAUUCAGGUUUUUUGUUGUCGUUUUUUUUUUUCAAAACAUGCAAUUCUAAAUGGUCUUUUUUAAGGCGAACUGUGAUGUGCAUUAAUAAUUUGUUUUGUUUGUGGCUAACUAAAUAGCGCUCCUCCCUGCAGUGACUACCUUCUGUACGUGAACCUACAGUGCUAAAAACCCUUUUUAGACGUCUCGUGGACGCUUGGCUUCAGUGCUGUGUCGUUUAUUUUUUUUAACAACUAUUGCACUCUACUGAAGAAUUAAAGAAAAUCACGUUUAAUUUCUCUGAAAACCUUCAAAUAUCUAUGUCCGUUUUUUCUCUCCAUAGGUUUUUAGUUGCUUCGGUUCCAUUUUAAUCAAUAUGUUCCAAGCGCAUUUGCCAGUCUGACAAGGAGUUCCAUUGCUUCAUUGUUUUAUACAUGUCAUAAUAAUAUGUACCUAUUAAAUAUUUGGAUUCAAGACAACAGCUUCUUCUUUGUAGAUUGAUAGCAUUACCAUAGCACUGUCUGAAUAGGCUGUACAUUUUGCCAGAUUUGAUAAUGUUGGAUUUACAGUGCAGGUCCAAAUUCCCUUUUGACAGUAUAAAUGUGAUUGUCAAUUUUCUGAGAAAAAAUACAAUCCAGUAUCAUCACAGUAAGAGGAUCAAAUGUUAUGAGAAAAAAAAACAA